AUGGUGCUAGGUGAGAAAAGAUCUACACACCCGAAAGUCAGAAAUGGAGCAAAUGACCCAGUCGUCGAGACAAGGUCAACCUACUUGGGGUCCCACCAAGGCCUAACAACUUGGAAGUCGGGCCAGGGCAAGCAGAGCCAGGAAUUUGAGAGAAGACUGGCAGAUCCCAGGGUUCUAAACUUCAAAUCAAGGACAAGAGAUGACAGACCUGGGAGUGAUGCUGAGACAAGCCAGGACUGGUGCAUCCAAAGACUUGGCCAGUUCAAAUGA